AUGGUUUGGACGUUGGUGAGAUUGACACUGACUCGUGAAGGAUUCAUCAUCUUCGUCCAUAUGCCCAGCCCGUUGGCGAAGAUAAUCACCACCCUUCAAGUACAGAGCGCAGAUGGUAGAUGCGCGAGAAAAGCUGUUCCACCCAUCAAGUGGGCGCAUUGUGUACAUUUGGUAGAUUCCACAGAGAAGCUGACACUGGCAGGCUAUAAUGCUCCGAUUCAGCAGACCAAGUCUGCGACAGGCAAGCUGAUAGAAGUUCUCCGCAAUGAUCCUGGCACCGGUGUUGGCGGACAACGACGAGGUGUCGUUGGAUGGACUAAAGGACUCAGCGCCAGCGUUUUCGAAUGGAGUAGCAAUAGCUCCUAG